CUAAUGUUAUAAUUUCUGCUGGCUCGGUGACACCGCCCCCUCCAGGAAUAGCCCCGCCCUCCGCUAACGUCGCCCGUUCGCUGCGUCAUUGUGUCGGUGUCGCGCCUGUUCGCUCGGUGAUAGGAGAAGGACGGGAAUACUGAUUGGCAGCAACAUGGCCGAAACUGGUGGACCUCAGUCUUCACUCAUCUCCUCCUCAUCGGCUGGAGAGAAGGGCGGCAGCUGUGCAGAAUUCCAUCCUAAACACCCCAGUCCAGAAUCGCCUGGCUCUCCCUUUGAAAUGAUUGCAAACGGCUCAGGCUUUGAGCUCAAGGACUGUGAAGACAAAGCUGCUAACCAUGGACUUUCCCAAAUUUCUACCCAGAGGCCCCUCCAUGACCAAUCUUCCGAGGCUGGUGAGCCCUUCCUAACUGGGUAUAAAAAUCCAAGUUGCGUUAAUAAGGAGGAGCAAAUUAUUAGCACAUUUUCCAUGCAUAAUGUAAUGACCCCUAGGCCAGAAGGCUUUGAGCCUGGACAUUUGGCUACUAUUGAGGUGCCCAGUAAAUCAUCGGACCAUCAGUUUUCAUUUUUGCAUGAAGGCAUAGAAGAAAUUGGUAAAGAGCCAGAAUAUGAAGACUGUGCAAAACACAACCUAGACACGUGUAUAGAUAUUGGUUCUGUAAAAAGUGGAGAGAGUUCUUACGAUACAAAGACUGAUCUUCGGUGGCCAGAUGCAGAGGAAGACUUGGAUAGCUCUGGAGAAUCUGAUGACACAGUCAUAGAUGCCGGAUGGAGAGUCAAAGCUUCACUGGCAGAUCAACGGGAGCAUGCCAAGGAUGGUUGGGUGGAACUCUGUGAUGCACACCAAGGGAGUGACCCUAGGAGAGAAGACAUUACAAAGUCUGAGAAUGCGACUGAUAAUUCCAAAACCUUACCUUUAAGCGACAGUGUCCCUGAAAAGUUCAGCAGUGCUAUUUCAAAGACCCCAGACUCCCCGUAUAGUGAAGGUUUUGUUGACUUGGCAGAAACGUGUGUUAAUGACCCUCAAAGUACUCAUUCUUCAGAGUCUGAAUCCUCAGAAGAUAAAGUGCAGGAAAGUCUGACAAUUGAAGCACUAAAAGCGUUGGCUGCUGGGGUGCAAGACUGGAAUUCAGAAAGUCGUGAAUCCUCUCCCGAAAUUCUGUCUCCCCAAUCUUCCAACUUUAAUGAAUUAAGAGAGAGACCAGAUGAAGCAGAAUUGCAGCUCGGAUCUACUGUUGGUAUUACAACUUUCAAAGUUCACGACCUCCUUUUCUGGAGAGAUGUGAAGAAGUCUGGAAUGGUUUUUGGAGGGACCAUGGUUCUGCUCUUGUCACUCGCAGCCUUCAGCAUCAUUAGUGUUAUUUCCUAUCUGAUCUUAGCGCUGCUCCUCGUCACCAUAAGCUUCCGCAUCUAUAAGUCUGUCAUGCAAGCCGUCCAGAAGUCUGACGAGGGGCAUCCUUUCAAGGCUCUGCUGGAAAAGGAUAUCACUUUGUCCUCUGAAAGCCUUCAGAAGAAAGCAAAUGCUUCCCUUGGUCAUGUCAACCGUGCCCUGAAGUACAUUGUGAGACUCUUCCUUGUGGAGGACCUUGUAGAUUCUCUCAAGUUUGCCCUUCUCAUGUGGCUGAUGACCUACGUUGGGGCUGUGUUUAAUGGGAUCACACUUCUGAUUCUUGGUGUCCUGAUCACAUUCACUGCUCCGGUCGUCUAUGAGAAAUACAAGGUACAGAUUGAUCACUAUGUGUCUCUGGUGCACAGUCAAGUGAAAUCUAUAACUGAAAAGAUUCAGGCAAAGCUUCCAGCAGCACUGAAGAAGAAAACCGAGUGAAGAGUCAACAUUUUUUUGGGGUGGGUGGGCCGGGAGGGUCUUACAGUAUACACACUGGCUACAUAUCUCAUUACUAAUCAGUAAUUUGGCUGCCUUUCUAUAGCUCACAGGAACCUUUUGUAUGCAUGUAUUUCAUGUAUACCUGCGUGUACAUGGUUCCUCUCUAGUAAGAAGAGAGCGUCUGUCAGCAUUGUCAUGGAUUGUAAAAAAAAAUCCUACAUCCUAGAGUUGCUUCGGGAUCUAGCAAACACAUAACAAAUUCCUGCAUCUUACACAUUGACCUCUGUCCUUGACCUCUGUCCUUGACCUCUGUCCUUGACCUCUGUCCUUGACCUCUGUCCUUGACCUCUGUC